AUGCCUUGUCCCUGUGAUCCAACCCCGUGCCCAUCCGUGCGUGCAGUCGGCAAGGGCAACAUCGUGCGGGUGGACAAGGAGAAGUACCUCACCAGCGUGGAGUUCAAGGCAGUGGACCAUCCGCCCUUCUUCACGGGGCUGGACGUGAAGACCCGAGGCGAGGCGAGAGGCGAGGUGAGGCUCGCAGGGGAGGGGGGGGAGAGACGCAUUGGGGGGGGUGAGGGGGCGCACUGGGGGGAAGGGGGGAACUUUACGCACUGGGGGGUGAGGGAGCGCACUCCCCCCCGCCAGUUCAAGGCAGUGGACCAUCCGCCCUUCUUCACGGGGCUGGACUACAUCUACCAGGCCCGAGGCGAGGCCAGAGGCGAGGUGAGGCUCGGAAGGGUUACUAGAGGUUAUGUGGGAUGCAGUGAGGUUGGUACUGGUUGCCACCAUCCGCCCUUCUUCACGGGUCUGGACUACAUCUACCAGGCCCGAGGCGAGGUGAGCGAGGCACUGGGAGUGUGCGGCGCAGUGAGGGGUGAGGGGGCGCACUGGGGUUACCCAACUGUGCUGUCCCUCCCUCUCUGUACCUUCUUCCCCUUCUAUCCUCUCUGUCUCGGCUCAAUCAACCUCUCUCCCUCCCUCUCUCAACCUUCUUCCCCCUUCUAUCCUCUCUGUCUCGGCUCAAUCAACCUCUCUCCGUCCCUCUCUCAACCUUCUUCCCCCUUCUAUCCUCUUUGUCUCGGCUCAAUCAACCUCUCUCCCUCCCUCUCUCAACCUUCUUCCCCCUUCUAUCCUCUUUGUCUCGGCUCAAUCAACCUCUCUCCCUCCCUCUCUCAACCUUCUUCCCCCUUCUAUCCUCUUUGUCUCGGCUCAAUCAACCUCUCUCCCUCCCUCUCUCAACCUUCGUCCCCCUUCUAUCCUCUUUGUCUCGGCUCAAUCAACCUCUCUCCCUCCCUCUCUCAACCUUCUUCCCCCUUCUAUCCUCUCUGUCUCGCCUCUACCUCUCUCCCUCGCUCUCAACCUUCUUCCCCCUUCUUUCCUCCCUGUCUCGCCUCUACCUCUCUCCCUCCCUCUCUCAACCCUCCUCCCCCUUCUAUCCUCUCUUUCUCGCCUCUACCUCUCUCCCUCCCUCUCUCAACCUUCUUCCCCCUUCUAUCCUCCCUGUCUCCCCUCAUGCAGAUCUUGGACCUUAAGGAAUUCAGCGGCAACCAGUAUGCGCUGGUAAGCUAUCUCCAGUAG